AUUCAGUCUGUUAUCGGGGAAAACGGAACAUCGCAUGGGAAAUUUUGUUAAGAGAAUUCAUUGGUUUUUAUGAAGUUCAAUAAAAAACAAUAAAUGGAAGGACAUGCAAUUAUUCAUCAUUACAUUUAUAUUUUUUUAAUUUCAAUUUAUAGAGUAGUUUUGAAGUAGUAUUAGUGAAAUCGAUAUCAGAAGGAAAAAGUGUAUCUACAGGAUGAUCCUUUUGAGUGGAAGAGCAGACCUCAUGGCUUAGUAUAAAGUUUAUCACCGAUUCGAGAAUCUUAUCUAGGAUGAUUUAGAAGCUGGAUUAUCUGCUGAUAAUUCUCGAUUUCGUAGAUGGAUGAGACCUCGUCUCCAAACCACCUUCACCAAUAUGGAUUCCGCAGAUAGGAGCGCCAAGCUCGAAAAUCCCAGAGAAAAGGCCUCCAUUUUGUCCAUCUCGACAUUCUUCUAUACCAUCAAUUUAUUCAAGAAAUCCAAUGUGAAAGAUCUAGAAGACACUGACGUAUACGACAUAAUACCGUACCUCGAAUCCAAAAAAUUGGGCGACGCACUAGAAGACCAAUGGUUGAAGCAGCAAAAAAACAAAAAACAACCAUCGCUGCUCCGAGCACUGACAGUAUGUUUCGGAAAAAGAUAUUUGAUACUCGGUUUGAUCCAACUUAUCGUGAAAAUAUCUUUGGUAAUGGUACAGCCGGCAGCUUUGGCAAAAGUAGUGUCCUAUUUCGAUCCGAAAAAAACCAGACCCAUGUCAAGAAGCGACCUCUAUCAAAACGCUGCCAUAGUGAUAGGUCUCAACCUGCUCAGCACCAUCUACAACCACAACUACCAACAAUUCAUCACCGAAAUAGGCAUCAGAGUGAGGACUUCCAUAGUAGCCUUGAUCUACAGGAAGGCGCUGAGGCUAGGACCGAACUCUCUAUCUGAUAUCACGAUGGGAAAAAUCAUCACUCUGAUGACGAAGGAUGUUUUCGCAUUUGAGAAAGUAUUGACCUUCUUGAACGACAUGUGGAUAGGUCUUAUCCAGACUGCGAUCGUCUCCUACAUGAUAUACAGCAGAGUCGGUUAUUCUGUGGUGGCAGGUGUGGGAUUUUUCCUCGUGAUGAUGCCCCUGCAAGUCUACGUCGGAAAAAGGGCUAGUGCCAUGAGGAUGAAGUCUGCCAAACAAACAGAUGAACGUCUCCAGCUGACAACAGAAACCUUGAACGCCAUCAAAAUAAUCAAAAUGUACUCCUGGGAAACUUUCUUCGAAACCAAGAUCAACGCUGUCAGAAAGCAAGAACUGAAGCACUUAGCCCCGGUGUACUACAUGAAGUGCAUAGUGAUGAUCAUAGGCACCUUGGCCUUGAACAUAUCCUUCUUCUUGCUCCUGGUCACUUACGUCUGGACUGGCCACUAUGCCACAGCCGAAACAGUCUACUUCAUCCAGAGCUGCUUCUUCAGUCUCAAAUCUUUCAUCACCGCCUCCAUACCGGUAGGUAUAGCUCAGUGCUCCGAAGUAUAUGCUGCUACGCAACGACUCAAAGAGUUCUUCUACGCAGAAGAGCUACAAAGGCGGCCAGCCACCACAACUCACCCCAAGGUCUAUUUGAAUCACGUGUCAGCCAAAGUGAAAGACACUGAAGUACUCAGAGAUGUGUCUCUGUCAGCGGAUAAAGGACUGUUUCUGUUAGUCGGCAGCCUAGGCAGCGGUAAAAGCUCCAUACUGAAGACCAUCAUGGGAGACUAUACCUUGAGCAGUGGACAAAUGUCCGUGGAAGGAACGAUAUCCUACGCAUCCGAAGAACCAUGGCUGUUCCCCUCCACCAUACGCCAAAACAUCCUCUUCGGCCAAAAAUACGACGAGAAAAGAUACCAAGAAGUUCUGAGAGUGUGUGCACUCCAACUGGACCUCAGCAAGUUCCAAAACGGCGAUCGGACCAUAGUGGGCGAUAAGGGGGUCAACCUCAGCAAAGGCCAGCAAACCAGAAUCAACUUGGCCAGGGCAGUGUACAAAAACAGCGACAUCUAUUUAUUGGACGACUGUCUUUCUCACCUGGACACUAGGGUGAACCUUUACGUGUACACCAAUUGCAUCAUGGAGUUCCUCAAGGACAAAAUCGUGGUGCUAGUCACGAAUAACCUCACUCAUAUCAAGAUGGUAUACGGUAACAAUACUCUUUUUGUCGAGAACGGUAGGACUUUGUCUUUGGAGCAGCAAAAUGAAACUUUGGACAAGAGGAUAACGUUCUACAUGGACGACGUAGACUACAACUACUUUGAAGAUGAGAAAGAAGAGAUAGAUGAGAGUUUUGUAGUAGAGGAAGACAACGAGGAAGUUGCUCUGUUGAAAGAGGAAGAUGUGAGGAAAGACGUUUACCACGAAACCAAACGUACUGGCAAGGUGGCACUGAGCGCCUACUUGAGGUACUAUAGAUUCGCGGGGGGUUGCCUAGUGUUUUUCUUGUUCUUACUGAUGUUCAUAUUGAGUCAAUUCGUUAUGGCAGCUUCAGAUAAACUACUAAGCUACUGGGUGAAUACUGAAGCAAGCCUGUCGAAUCUAUCGAACGAAUCGAAUAUAUCGAUCAAGUCGAAUCUAUCCACCAAAUUGAAUCUAUCUAUCAAGUCGAAUACUACACAGUACUCUGUCCUGAUCACCCAGAGAAACUACUACUUGUGCAUAUACUGUAUCCUGAUGGCAGUUGGAGUCCUGCUGGUGUUCUUAAGAACUUACUCCACUUUUUUCCUAGCUCUCAGAGCUUCCAGGAAUCUCCACAAGGCUAUGAAUCGCUCAGUCUUGAACUCCUUCAUGAAUUUCUUCGAUAGCCACCUCAUUGGUAAUAUCGUCAACAGAUUUUCAAAAGACUUGAAUACUACCGACGAAAUCCUACCACUAGUAGUAUAUGAAGUCACGAGGAAUACUUUGAUGGUUAUUAGCAUCAUAGGCCUUAUAGCCUCCGUUCAUUUGACAUUCUUAAUUCCAGCUGCGUGUUUGUUAGUUUUAUUGUACUUCUUCAGGAAGUACUAUCUAGCUGUAGGAAGAAGUAUCAAAAGACUGGAGGCUUCAACAAGGAGUCCAAUGAUAGGCUACUUGAAUGCCACUCUGGAAGGUCUUUCCACUGUGAGAGCCUACGACAAACAAGCACACUUGAUUGAGGAAUUCGAUAGGCAUCAAGACCACUAUACUUCCGCCUACUACAUGAUGAUCUGUACCACGAGAGCUUUCGGGUUCUGGUUGGAUAUGAUCUGUGCUGCGUUCAUUGCUUCGGUGGUACUUAGAUUCGUCCUUGAUGGAUCAAGUGUUGGUGCUGGAGGUGUGGGUUUAGCCAUCACCCAAGCAAUGGCUCUAACAGGUCUUCUCCAGUGGGGCGUUCGGCAGUACUCGGAGUUAGAGAACAACAUGACAGCAGUGGAAAGAGUCCUAGAAUACACGGAUAUUGAAACAGAAGACAAGACCGAAGGUCAAAGGAAGGACAAUUGGCCAGAUAGAGGUGAAAUCGAGUACAGGCAUUUGUCUUUGACCUACAGCACCACUAGGCAGAAGGUCUUGAAGGACGUUAGCUUCGUCAUCAAGCCCAGAGAGAAGAUCGGUAUAGUCGGCAGGACUGGGGCGGGCAAGUCUUCCAUCAUCUCCAGCCUCUUCAGGCUGUACGAGACCAAAGGCAGGAUCUUUGUGGACGGUUUGGACACCAGGACUGUCAACUUGGAGUAUCUGCGGUCCAACAUCGCUAUCAUUCCACAGGAUCCCAUACUGUUCUCAGGCACCAUCCGUUCCAAUAUAGACCCGAUGGGUAAAUACCAGGACGAGGCGAUCUGGAAGGCUAUAGAGCAGUUGAACAUCAAGCGCUGGUUUCCCAAUUUGCAGGAGAAGAUAACGGAACACGGUUCCAACUACAGCUCGGGGCAGAGGCAGCUGAUCUGUCUGGCUAGGGCCUUGGUGAGCAAGAGCAGGAUCAUCGUGUUGGAUGAGGCUACGGCCAAUAUGGAUCCGGAGACUUGCGGCUUGCUGCAGUGCACCAUGAAGAAGAAUUUCGCUGGAUGUACGGUGCUCACGAUCGCUCACAGACUGAACACUGUGUCCGACUCUGAUAGGGUGAUGGUGGUAGAUCAAGGCAAAAUAGUCGAAUUCGACACUCCGAAUGCCUUGAUGGAGAAGAAAAAUGGAGUCUUCUCCAACAUGGUGAAGAAAUCUGGACUUUCUGAAUUUUGAUAUAACUCAAAAUACAUUCCUCCAUGAUACGAAAUUUGUGCAAUUCGGGUGUGGUUGAAAAUAUUUCGACAAAAAAUAAUAAAUAAAAAGUACUUGAAGUGACAUGCACGAAGAUAAGAACUUCAACAAGUGAAACAACUUAAUACAACGAUUUCAACAUUGUAUAAAUCUAGAGUGCCAAUUAUAUUUAUCUGUGACGAAUUGUUUUUUUAUACGGCGAUUGUUUGAACAUAAUAUAUGUACAUAUAAUAAUAAAAUAUCCAUUUG